AUGAAUGGAGAAAUUCACAGAGAAUUCAUCGCUACACCUACUCAUCUAAAAGAACAACUGCAAGAAGAAUUCUGCACAGCAAAAUGUUGUUCGUUAAAGAAAAAGAAUUGGGCAAAACACUUUAAACGACAAACGCGAAGAUAUUAUGCACUCAACGGCCUCAAUGACCCAAGCUUGAAGAAACUGUAUAUCAGAGACCAAGGAAAGCAAUUGAAGAUAUCUCUAUUGGCCAAAUUAAACAUUACAUCUUCAGAACACUUGACAAGCUUUGCAAGCAAAAGGAGUUUUGGAUGGAAUUCAUGGACAAAUCAAAGCAUAUCCAAGAUAUGUGCUAGACCAGAUCAAUCAAUCAAGUGUUCAAAAUCUAAGACGGCUUCUUCAUGUGAUCCUCGAAUCAAACCUCAAGGUUUAGAAGAUCAUUUCAAAGGUGCUUCAACAAAAUCAGAUGCAAACGAUUCUUCAGAAGAAAACAGAGCUUUGAGAAAACAACAAGAAGAAGCAAUAUCUCAUAAACUCGAUAUCAGUAUAGCACCAGAUAUCGAUCUCGACAACCAUGAUCUUGAGACCGUUCUAUCGUAUGAUACUGACGACAAGGAUGCUAUCUGCGGCUACUCAAAUUCUGAUAAUUCAUCUGAAUCAUCAUAUAGAGAAGAUGAAGAAGAAUGUUGCUUCCAAAUCACUCAAAUGCCACGACAGGAUAAGAUACAAACACCACACUUGCAGUCACAAUCUUUGACCCAACACGAAGAGAAAACCCAGUUCAUGCCAUUGCGUUUAUAG